AUGGCAGAUGCAGAAGGAGGAAAUCAAACGUCUGUCACAGAAUUCAUCCUCCUGGGAUUCAGGAAUACCCCGGAGCUUCAGACCCUUCUUUUCCUGCUGUUUCUGGUGAUCUACAUUAUGACCAUGGCUGGGAACAUCCUCAUCCUGGUGCUAGUUGUGGCUGACCAGCACCUUCACACCCCCAUGUACUUAUUUCUGGGGAACUUGUCCUGCUUGGAGACCUGCUACAGCUCCACCAUCCUGCCUAGGGUGCUGGCCAGUCUCCUGACUGGGGACAGAACCAUUUCUUUCUAUGCAUGUGUCAUACAAUAUUAUAUCUUUGGCUUCUUAGCAGCUACAGAAUGUUAUCUUCUAGCAGCCAUGUCUUACGAUCGUUAUUUAGCAAUAUGUAAACCCCUCCAUUAUACAAUAAUUAUGCAUGGCAGGUUCUGCCUCCAGCUAGCAGCUGAGUCUUGGGUGAGCGGGUUACUGGCUAGUUCCAUAGUAACUGGAAUGAUUUUACAAUUAACUUUCUGUGGCCCCAAUGAAAUUGAUCAUUUUUUUUGCGAUUUCAACCCGUUGCUGAACAUCUCCUGCAGUGACACCCGCCUUGUGGAACUUUUGGCUUCCACACUGUCCUUUAUAUUCACCCUGCCACCAUUUCUACUCACUGUGACAUCUUAUGUCUGUAUAAUCUUUGCCAUCUUGCAAAUCCCUUCCACCACUGGGAGGCAAAAGGCCUUCUCCACCUGCUCCUCUCACCUCAUUGUGGUGACCAUUUUCUAUUGGACCAUCACUAUUGUGUACGUGUUGCCAAAAAAUGAUACACUGAGAGACCUGAACAAAGUGUUCUCUCUCCUUUACACAGUCCUGACCCCUUUGGUCAAUCCCCUCAUUUACAGCCUGAGAAACAAAGAGGUCAAGGAGGCUCUGAGGAAAGCUCUCAGUAAAUUUAUGGAUUUCAGAAGAAUUCAGGCCAUCCAAGCUAAUUUGUGUAAGAUAAAUCAAAAUUGA